AUACAGUUCUUCCAUUGUGCUGGUGGACUCCGUUUUAUUUUUUUCAGUUGAAUGUUCCGAGUUCCACGCAGAAGUCCCAAGAUUCUGUUCAAAGGAAGAUGAAGGUGGGAUAUUGCUGUAAGAAAGUCACCCUGUACUUGUUUUUCUUCUUCAAUCACCUGUUCUUUAUCUUGGGGGCCCUGAUGGUCGGGAUUGGAACCUGGAUUUUGGUUGACCAAAAAUCCUUCAUUCCCAUCCUGCAGCAUUCGGUGCCCUCAUUCCAAGCUGGGCUCUACGUCUUCAUCGGAGUCGGUGCCGUCACCAUGGUGCUCGGCUUCCUGGGAUCCUUAGGGGCCCUCUGUGGCAUCCGGUGUGCCCUUGGCAUCUACCUCACCUGCCUGGUGUUCAUCCUCUCGGCCCAGGUCACUGCUGGUCUGAUGAUCUACUUCCAACAGAGCUCACUGAAAGCCAGAAUGCCCGAGGUGGUGAUUGAUCUCUUCCAGACAUAUAACCCUUCGGAUGAUAUGAAUCAGGUCCUCGAAUCCGCUUGGGACUUUGUUCAAUUCAAGUUCUCGUGCUGCGGCUGGACCGGACCCGAAGACUGGCAACUCAACAAAAUCCUUUGGACGAACAAAAUGCGCUUCUAUCCAUGUUCUUGCAGCAACCAGACGGAGGACACCUCGAUAGGGACAGGUUUCUGUGCUCUGAAGACCGAUUCGAACGCAAGCACCAUGGCCGACUGGCCCGUGAAGAAGCACGGGUGCCGGAUGGCUGUGCAGAACUGGCUGCAGGAAAAUUUCAACGUCUUUCUCGGGGUCUGCAUCGGAGUGGGCAUCACGGAGGUGCUGGGGAUAGGGCUCUCUAUCUGCCUUUGCAAAGGCAAAACGUGCCAGUACUGAAGACGUCGACCCCGCCUGGAGCCUGGAUGCGAUCCACGAGGAAAGAGGGAACUGGAUUCCUUGUUCCAGACGGUGCUUGGCAGUCCCUACUGGAGCAUUAACUCAAAUUCCUCUACUUAUCUUGCUCCUUCCUUUUAUAGCCAAGAGCAUCAAUGGGUGCAAAUGUUAUGAACUUUUAGGUUUUAUUCACUGCCGUAAUAAGAUUUAGGAUGCUCCGUAUGUCUUCCGGACAACUCCUUGCGCUGGGUACGUACUCUCUUCCUUCUGUGCAGUUUGGAUCAAGUUGGGAGAUUAGACUGGUGGACUUCUUCCGCAAAUAUCCCUACCUGAAGCUGGUUCAUCCUUUCUCAAAUUAUUCAGACCCCGCUGUUCAGGCUGACUUCCUCAAUUCCCAGGGGAAAAUCUCUUCUGUCUGGAAUUGUAUCGCUUGCUCCGUUUCUCCAACUUUUGCAAAAUAAAAAUUGUAUCAGCUGUACAA